GAGUUCGAGUGUAAGGCUCGGCAGGACGUUCGACCUUACCUCGGCAGGGAGACCAACUUCCUAAGUCUAGUAAAGAGGUUGGGCAAAAGGCCAAGUAAAGAACUAGGGCGAGACCUACCCAGGGUCCAAGCCUUAGAAGUCCAUCAUGAAGUCCAGAAAGAACAGGAAAACAAAAGACAAUAUAUGUGAGUGUGAUUAGUGGCUAUCCUGGGCAAGAGACAGGGAUAAAUGCCAGGAGUGGAAGGUUAGCUAGAAAAAAUGAAAUUCAGUCAAGAGAUUUAAAAUACUAAGGUUUGGGAAGGAGCCAGAUGAACUUUUGUUGCAUAUCAGAAUAUUCCAUUUUAGAGAGAGACAUAAUCUAAGGUAUAUAUAUUUUUUUUUUCUUCUUUUUGAGGCCUGAAAAUGGGAAGAGGUUAUAGCAAAGGAGCGGAUCCUUCAGAAGAAAAAGCAAAGAGAAUUCCUCCUAACAGCCCCUUGGGGAAAUUGUUAGACCAAUGGGAUUCUUGCGAAACCACAAAGGGUCUGGAUAAGCGUAAGAUGAUACACUACAGUAUAGAAGUAUGGCCGAAGUUAAAAUUACAGGGAGAGUGGCCAUGGUAUGGAACCCAAGAUCAGUGGAUGUGUAAUCAGUUAAACCAACACCUAGAAGCCCAAGAGGACCCUGAUGUAGAACAAUUAUCUUAUGCAGCUUGCUGGCUGGAAAACUCUAGAAAAUAUGAGACUGUGAGAAUAUGCAAGUUACAAAGAAAUAGAGAAGAAGAGGAUGGAGAAAAAGAGACUAGAAAAAGGAAAAAAUGGGACCCCCUUGAAUACCUACCCCACUCUACUCCUGCUCCCUCCCCAACCGUUUCCCCAGCUAAUCCUUCGGCCCCUCCUAUUCCAUCAUCCCUUCCCCCAGUUCCCUCAACCAUCUCCCCAACUACUAUUUCCCCACCUGGUGUCUUAGGAGAAGGGCCAUAUUGUAACACACGAUCCAAAGUACCAAGGGUAGAAAAGCUUUUUACCCUUAGAGAAGUGCCUAUGGGUGGGGCAGUGGGAGGAGUUGGGUUCGUAGAUGCACCUUUGACUGCUUCUGAAGUUCGGGGAUUUAAGAAAGAGCUAGGAAAUUUGGUAGAAGACUCUGUUGGAAUAUCUAAUCAGUUAGACCAAUUCUUAGGACCAAAUAUUUACACCUGGGGAGAGCUGAACUCUAUUCUAAGCAUCCUGUUCUCUCCAGAAGAGAUCCGGAUGAUCUGAACAGCAGGGGUGAAGAUAUGGGAAAGAGAAAAUAGACUGGGACCCCCAGGGGACCAAAAGAUACCCUUAGUAGACCCCAGUUGGAAUCCUAACCAGGAAGAAGGAAGGCAAAACAUGAGAGACUAUAGGUCCCUCAUGAUGAGAGGAAUCAAAGAGUCUAUCCCUAGGGGAAGCAACACAAAAUUGGCCUUUGAUAGUACUCAGGAGAAAGAUGAGACCCCAGCAAUUUGGCUUAACCGACUAAAACGAAAUUUCCAGUUAUAUUCAAAUAUAGACCCAGAUAGCCCAGAGGGUCAAGUCCUCUUAAAAGUCCAGUUUGUCACUAAAUCAUGGCCUGAUAUUAGACGAAAGCUCAAAAAAAUGGAUGACUGGCAAGAAAAGAACAUGAAUGAGUUGCUCAAAGAAGCCCUAAGAAUAUAUUUAAGGAGAGACGAAGAAAAGGCCAAAACUAAAGCUAGAAUUAUGGUUGCAGUUGCUCGAGAAAGUAUAAGAGCAGAGAAAUCACCAGCACUGAUGUCUAAGCCAACUUGGAAUAGACCAGGGGCAUUAUCAAAAAGGGGUAGAGACCAACCAGCACCAUCCUAUGAAACAAAUAAGAACUUUAAUGAGUUCAGGAAACCUGAGGCCUCACAAAGCAACAGGAGGUGCUAUUACUGUGAUGAGAUAGGACACCUUAAGAGGAAUUGUAAAAAGUUUCAGCUUGAUGAAGCAAUGCAGAAAGAACAAGAAGUCUUAGAAGAGAUCUCAAGAGGAGACAACUAGGGGUGUCAGGGGCUCUAUAAGUUAGGGGACCCAAUGAACCAUCAAGAAGAGCCCUUGGUAAACUUUGAAGUAGGUCCCCACUAUGAAGAAUUUGAGUUCUUAGUUGACACAGGGGCUGAUAAAUCUAGCAUAAACAAGUUACCAAUAGGAGUCACCAUUGGGAAGAAGGUCUGUGGGGUUUUAGGGGCGGAGGGAAGGCCAUUUAAAGCAUCUAUAGCUGAAAAUAUAGAAAUCAAGGGAAAUUCUAGACAGUGUUUGGCAGACUUUAUCUAUCUGCCAAAUUUAGGAAGUGAUCUCUUGGGAAGGGACUUACAAGUCCAAUUGGGGGUAGGGAUCAUCCCACGAGAUGGAAGGAUGGUAGUCCAGGUCAUGAGACUGACUCAGAGAGACAUAGAAGAAAUAGACCCCAAAGUAUGGGCGGAAGAAAGUAAGUGUGGAUAUUUAAACAUCACACCAAUAAAAGUAGAAAUGCAAAGAGAUACACCCCCUAUCCGAGUCAAGCAAUACCCAAUAUCCCCUGAAGGCAGGAGAGGAUUAGCCCCAGUAAUCAAACGACUACUAGAGCAAGGUAUUCUAGAAUCAUGCAUGUCCCCCCAUAACACCCCUAUACUAGCCGUAAGAAAAGCAGAAGGGAAAUACAGGCUAGUUCAGGACUUAAGGGAAGUAAACAAAAAAACUAUUACCAGACACCCCGUGGUAUCCAACCCAUAUACCCUGUUAAGCCAAAUUCCAAGAGAGCAUGCCUGGUUCACAGUUGUAGAUUUGAAAGAUGCCUUCUGGGCAUGCCCGCUAGCAGAGGGAUGUCGUGACUGGUUUGCAUUUGAGUGGGAAGAUCCGGACAGAAAGAGAAAGCAGCAGCUAAGGUGGACACGUCUCCCACAGGGGUUUACAGAAUCCCCAAACCUCUUUGGGCAAGCGCUAGAGGAACUAUUGGGGCAGUUCACUCCUGAGGAAAACGUUCAGAUCUUACAGUAUGUAGAUGACUUAUUAGUAUCUGGAGAAGAGCGAGGCCGGGUCAAAGCCACUAGUAUUCGACUCCUAAACUUCCUGGGAGAAAAUGGUCUAAAAGUAUCCCAAGAAAAACUACAAUUUGUAGAAUCUGAGGUGACCUACUUAGGUCAUAUAAUUGGAGAAGGAUAUAAGAAACUAAGUCCUGAAAGAAUCUCAGGUAUCCUGUCUAUCCCAGCUCCCAAGAUGAAGAGAGACGUAAGGAAGCUACUAGGCCUGUUUGGUUAUUGUAAGCUGUGGUUAGAUCAAUACACUAAAAGUGUGAGGUUCCUUUAUGAUAAAUUAGUAGACUCUGAGCCUAUAAAAUGGACAAAAGAAGAUGAAGAACAACUACAAAAUGUAAAAACUAAACUAUCCUCAGCACCUGUUCUAAGCCUGCCUGACCUUAAGAAAGAGUUUCACCUGUUUGUGAGCACAGAAGGAGGAAUUGCAUAUGGGGUAUUAACUCAGGACUGGGGAAGGCAUAAAAAGCCAAUAGCCUACCUCUCAAAACUACUAGACCCAGUAGCCAGAGGAUGGCCAGCUUGUCUGCAAGCAAUCACAGCAGCAGCUAUCCUAAUAGAAGAAGCUCAAAAGUUGACCCUGCAAGGAAAAAUCAAGGUCCACACCCCCCAUGACCUUAAAACGGUACUAGGCAAAAAAGCUCAGCAGUGGUUGACUGACUCUAGAAUAUUGAGGUAUGAAAUCAUCUUAAUGAACACAGGUGACCUAGAGUUAGUCGCCUCCAAAUGUCUAAACCCUGCACAAUUUCUUGCUGGAGAACCGCUGGCUGAUCUAGAACAUGAUUGUAUUGAACUCAUAAAUCUACAGACCAAAGUGAGGGAAGAUUUAGAGGAGGUACCCCUACCAUAUGGGAGAUCCCUUUUUAUAGAUGGGUCCUCAAGAAUAGUAGGAGGGAAAAGAGCUUCAGGGUAUGCUGUCAUAGAUGGGGAAAGCAUGGAAGUUGCAGAAAAAGGAAAACUGCCCUCAAAUUGGUCAGCCCAGUGUUGCGAAGUCUAUGCCUUGAAAAGAGGGCUAGACCUAUUAGAGGGAGACCAAGGAACUAUUUACACAGACUCGCAAUAUGCGUUUGGGAUCAUCCAUACCUUCGGAAAAAUUUGGGAAGAGCGUGGCUACCUAAACUCAAAGGGGAAGAACUUGGUGCAUGAGAGGCUGAUAAAACUAGUAUUAGAAUCCUUACAAAAACCUGCAGAGAUAGCUGUGGUGCAUAUAAAGGGACAUCAGAAAGGACAUACUCAAGAAGAAGAGGGAAACCGAUUAGCAGAUCAGAUAGCUAAAGAAGCAGCCUUAGACUCAACAAGCCCAGUAAAAGCUUUUAGAAUGGAAGCAGGACCAAGUAGAGAAGGAGAAGAGCCAAGGUUCAGUGAGAAAGAACUAAAAUUAAUAAAAGAACUAAGAUUACAUCAAGGGGAACAGGGAGAAUGGUUAACUCCAGAUGGGCGUAAAUUCCUGAAUAAAGCCCUAGCUCGAAGAGUGCUAGUAGAGUUACAUGAAUUGACACACUGGGGAAUCCAAGGUUUGUGUGACCACUUUUUACGGGAGAAUUUAUGUAUUGGAGUGUAUGACCUGGCAAAAGCAGUCACAAGAGGGUGUGCGAUUUGUCUAAAAACUGACCAAAAGGUAAUGAGAAAAACAGCACAUGGGGGGGGGAACUUGCUUUAAGACCUUUCCAGAACAUACAAGUGGAUUUCACUGAAAUGCCUUCUGUGCAGAGGUACAAACAUUUACUAGUGAUUGUAGAUCAUCUCACUCACUGGGUAGAGGUUUUCCCAACCAAAAGGGAAACCGCGCAAGAAGUUGCAAGAAUAAUCUUAGAAAAUAUCAUACCUUGAUACGGGCUAGUCAAUAACAUUGACUCAGACCGAGGUCCACAUUUUGUUGCUCGAACUUUGCAUCAAAUAACAAAAGCCCUGGGGAUAAGGUGGAGAUUGCACACCCCAUGGCAUCCUCAAAGCUCGGGAAGGGUAGAAAGAAUGAAUAGAACUCUCAAAAAUGUAAUAAGCAAAUUAAUUGAAGAGACAAAAAUGAAUUGGCUCAAGUGCUUACCUCUCCCUCUCUUGCGCAUCAGAACAAGACCUUGGUCCGACAUAGGGGUUUCUCCUUAUGAAAUGAUGUUUGGACUCCCUUUUCUAAUCACCCCUUUCAGUACUGCAGAUUAUUUAGAAGGGGAAGCAGCAGCUCAAAAAUAUUUAAAAAUCAUAGGAAAAUCCCCAGAAGGCCUCAGAAAGAAGGGGUAUCUUUCCCAAACUUCCCCUCUGGAUACCAAUGCCCACAACAUCAGUCCCGGGGACUGGGUGUUAAUAAAAUCCUGGAACACCACCACUCCACUAACCCCCAAAUUUGAAGGACCUUUCCAGGUGUUACUCACCACACACACUGCGGUUCGAACCCAAGAAAAAGGCUGGACCCAUAUCACCAAAGUAAAAGGACCAGUGACACCCCCAGACGCCAGACCAGACCCAACGGGGUCACCCACCUCCUCUUGUGCAUGGACGGUAACUAAGGGACCAGAAGACUUAAAAUUAACUUUAAAGAAGACUUGCUAGAAGCUGAUACCCAAUAAGGAAUUAGGAGGAUUACCCAAAGAAGCUAACCCUCAAAAGCCAGAGACUGUAAGUUGAUGCGGGCUUAAGCCGGAUCAAAGAAAAAGAGGAGGGAUUUGUUAUGAACAAAACAGCCUGGCUGGGACACUUCUGCUUGGGCUAAGU